AUGGUCGGCGUGCUUAAUGCAGCAGUUGCUCCAUGUCAUCUGACUUUUCCAGCUGUUCUGCCCGAUACAAUUACUACUAUGCGCGCCAUACAAGAAGAGAAAUGUACUGCACUGAUCGGAGCACCGAUUAUCUUUCGUGAUAUAUUAACCCAUCCAGAUCCGAAAAAAUACGAUCUCAGUUCAUUAGUUUUCGGUUUAUCAGGAGCAAGCUCAAUGCACAUUGACUUUUUACGUCAAUUAGAAAACCAGUUUCCAAUCACACGUAUGGCACAAGCUUAUGGAAUGACUGAAACCGCCGGUAUCAUCACGUGUAGUAUGUGGGCUGGUGACAACGAUGAUAAGAGACGUCUUUCAUCGAUCGGACAACCGAUGCCAGGUUUGGAACUAAAAGUUGUGGAUCAACAAGGCAAAACAGUACCCAUUGGUGCGUCAGGUGAAAUCUGGACCAGAGGUCAUUCAGUUAUGUGUGGAUAUUAUGGUGAUGUUGAGAAAACACAAGAGACAAUCACACAUUCACGAUGGCUUAAAACAGGUGAUGUGGGUAGAAUGGACGAAAAUGGUUAUGUUUAUUUCGUUGGGCGUCAAAAGGAAAUUAUUAUUCGUGGUGGCGUCAAUAUCUAUCCGGUUGAAAUUGAAAAUAUAAUUGCUGAAUAUCCACAUGUACUAGAUGCACAAGUCUUUUCUAUUCCAAGUGAACGAUACGAUGAAGAUGUGUGUGCUUGGAUUCGAUUAAAACCUGAUGCACCCAAAUGUGACAUAGAAGAUAUUCGAAAUUUUCUUAAAGACAGAUUAGCUUUCUUUAAAAUACCAACAUAUAUGCGAAUUGUUGAUAAAUUCAUUAUGACUCCAACGGGUAAAGCACAAAAAUUCAAAAUGUCCGAAAUUAUGACUAAAGAAUUAGAGAAGAACAAAGAAAAACAUUAA